UGGGAUGGGUCCUGUGGGAGGGGCUUAUAAGUGACACACGCAUCGCUUUUUGCUAAGGAAGAGGAAGGUGUUGUUUCAGAGACGCUGUAGAAAAUUGGGUAAAAUCGCAGUCAACUCGUCAGAUCGAGGAAGGUUCCGGGUACUGGAAAGGGUCCUGAAAGUGAGGCGUGAUGAGGUUUUCGUAGGAGGACACCCACUCCAUCUGACCCCUGAGGAAGACUGAGCAGCAGGAAAACAUGAGGCUUGAGUGAGGUAUGAGAGAGCUCCAGUAAUGUGCCAUGGGGUACGACGUCACCAGGUUCCAGGGGGAAGUAGAUGAGGAUCUGCUUUGUCCCAUUUGCAGCGGAGUGCUGGAGGAGCCAGUGCAGGCCCCGCACUGUGAGCAUGCCUUCUGUAACGCCUGCAUCACUCAGUGGUUUGCGCAGCAGCAGAUCUGCCCAGUGGACCGCACCGUGGUGACACUAGCACACCUGCGGCCGGUGCCACGGAUCAUGCGCAAUAUGCUGUCCAAGCUACAAAUCUCAUGCGAUAACGCCGGCUUCGGCUGCACGGCCACUCUACGCCUCGACCAGCUUCAAUCUCACCUCAAAGACUGCGAGCACAACCCCAAACGACCUGUCGUCUGCGAGGAGGGCUGCGGGUUGGAGAUGCCCAAAGACGAGGUCCCGAACCACAACUGCAUCAAGCACCUGCGCAGUGUUGUGCAGCAGCAGCAGACCAAGAUCGCAGAUUUGGAGAAAACCGCAGCUGAGCACAAGCACCAGCUGGCAGAGCAGAAACGAGACAUCCAGCUCCUUAAAGCGUACAUGAGAGCGAUCCGAAGCGCAAACCCCAACCUGCAGAAUCUGGAGGAGAGCAUCGAGUAUAACGAGAUCCUGGAGUGGGUGAACUCACUGCAGCCUGCUCGUGUGACGCGCUGGGGAGGCAUGAUCUCGACGCCCGACGCUGUUUUGCAGGCCGUCAUCAAGCGCUCGCUCAUCGACAGCGGAUGUCCUCUCUCCAUCGUCAACGAGCUCAUCGAGAAUGCCCAUGAGCGCAACUGGCCUCAGGGCCUGGCCACGCUGGAGACGCGCCAAAUGAACCGGCGCUACUACGAGAACUACGUGGCCAAACGCAUUCCGGGCAAACAGGCCGUGGUGGUGAUGGCGUGCGAGAACCAGCACAUGGGCGAGGACAUGAUCCUGGAGCCGGGAUUAGUCAUGAUCUUCGCUCACGGAGUGGAGGAAAUCUUAUAGUCAGGACUGGACGAGUUUGGGAAAAGAGACAACACUCGAGUUUUUAGAUCUUUACCUCAUAAUGUGUACCAACAGGGGAGGAAAUGAUGUAUGAAAUGAAGGAACAGAAUGAACUGCGUUUGUGCUGAGGAUGAAAACUUCCAGCCGUCCUGUUGCCUUAUAAAAAAAUAAAUAAAAUUUAAAAAAAAAAAAAGCAGACCCUGAAAAAACACCUUGAAAUGUAAACCACGAAGAAAUGCUGGAGUUUAAUCAUUAAUCACCACUGACUGAGUGAAUUGAAGUCUCUUUACCACUUUGUUGUUUAACGCUGUUUCACAAAAUGUCCUCUUCCGAUCCUGUAAUAUAAAUGAUCUCAUGCGUUCUUUGUAAAUACGGAAGAUUUAUGGAAGAAAUAUAAACAUAUAUGCUAUCUAUUCUUGGUAUCGUAGAAUAGCUAAGAUGUUUUUUUUUGUUUGUUUGUUUGUUUUUUGUUUUUUUUUUUGAGUCAUGAGGAUUAACGCGCCAGUAUGGAGGCUUGUAAAGAUCAACUCGGAUUGGGAUUAGCUCGUACAUUUUAUAUAUAUGUAUACAUUAUAUACAUUAUAUACAUUAAGCAUCUUAAACGUAUAUAAUGAGGAUAUUUAGUGUGCUUUAUGUCUGUGAUUUCUGUGCUAGCUUCAGCUGCAUCAGCCGAUUCCGAUUAAGGCUGUGAGUCGGCACGGGUCAGAAAAAUAAGCCUGUACAGCACAGACCUCAGAAAGAAGGAACAUAAUAUCUUUGACAUCUGCUAAACUGCUGGCACUUAAGCGAGAGGAAUGAGCAGGAGGAGAAACCGGAGAACUCCGUGUGGGCUGUAAUUGUUCAUUGCCUGUGAACUUGACCACAGCUUCAACUUCAUGGUUGUGGUUUGUGAUUUAUUUAUAGUUAAAUGCGAUUUUAAGAACUACAUCACGUUUCCACUUUUCACAUGCUAAUGUAUUCCUGGUCCUUACAGGCUUUUUGAGGCAUCCAGCUUGCGAGCAUUUCCUGCCACCCAAAGAUUUCUAUCAGAAAAUAACAUUGCAUUACUGAUUAAUUAAGGAAUUGUGUCAUCGAGUUUGAGAACGCGUCAUAAUCUUUUCCUGGUUAAAAAAUUAUAAUCGAGAUGACUGAAAUAAUCGAGGUCUCAGACAGGAAAGAUGAUCUGCACGUUUUUAUUGUCGAAAUAGAUCAAAUUCUGCCGCAUGCCCACGCUUAAUGUGUGCUCAAAUCCAGCCACUCAUUCGUCUUUCUUUGCCUCAAUGCCACUUAAAGUGUUUGCUUUGUUAUAUUUUGCGUAAUAUUUUGAAAAAUAGUGACGAAUUUAUUUUGCAUAUAUUUUUUUUUGUCUUGGUAUUUUUUUUUUUUUUUGCUGUACAUAGUUGAUUUUAAACGAAGAUCUGGUGUUACUCUCGUGCUGCAGACGUCUUUUGUUCACGCCACCAAAGUGUUUUGUGAGUUUUGCUCAUUGUGCUUUCUUUAUGUUCUGCAAAGAAAACAUGAACGCUUUCAUAUCCUGAUGGUGUAUGUCGUCUUGUUCAUUCUUAUUCAGACUGGAAUGUCAGGUGCGUCAUUCACAGAGAGUCAAAACGACCACAUCAGAGAAUGUUAUUUAAAAUGAAUCAUGGGUAAUGUUCAACAUGGCUGCAUAUAGUUGUGUGAAACAUGCACUUCGUUCAUCGCUACAUGUGCAGCACUGUGCAAAAGUCUUAGGAAUAUACAGGAUAAAGAAAGUCUCUGAAGCAAAGAACUUUAAAUUAAUGAAAUAUAUAUCAAAUAAUAUAUAUUUCUGUGUAUCAAAUAAAUAACUACAAAUUACAGACAGUAAAAAAAAAGCUAAAUCAAAUCAAUAUUUAAUGUCGCCACCCUUUGCUUUUAAAAUGGAAUCUUUUUUUUUUUUUUUUUUUUUUUUUUUUAAUAAAGAAAUCAACUGACUUCUUUAUAAAAUAAAAUGAGCAAAUAAGCUAUGCAAAUUUGAUGACCUGUCCCAGUUCUUCUACAUUCUUUGGAUCUCAAUAAUAAUAAUAAUAAACUUUAUUAGUAUACAACAUUAAAAAUGUCAUACAGUAAACUAUAGUACAAAAAAAUGCAAAUAAAAAAAGCAAGGGCAGAAAACAGAGGAAAAAUGUAAUCGAAAUUGUGAAAUUAAAAAUUAAAUUACAAUACUAAUAACUUGCUUCUGUUUCUGCAGAUAAUUCCACACAUCCUCCAACAUGAUUCUGUCUCUGAAAAGUUCUCUGUUGCUUAAUAUCAAUUUUUUUCUGUAAUGUUUAAUUUUUUAAAAUUUGUUAUUUAAAUGUUUGGACAUUUAAAUUUUGCUCUUUGCUCCUACUGACAUACUAGUGCAGAAAAUAUAAAAUAAACAUUUUAUAAUAUUAAAUUUAUUAAAUAAUUAAUGGGUGCCUAAGACUUUCUUUCAGUUCUGUACAUUUGCAUAUAUUUUUUUCCAGUCACCUUUUAAUUUUUUGAAGUGCUUUUUCUAUUUCAGACAAUAGUCAAAUAAAAAUAUCCUUAGACAGCAAAAAAGGCAUUGAAAUGCCUACAUAUUUACAUUCAGCCUAUAAUCUGCAAUUUAUAAAUAUGCAAAUUAGAAGUAUCCCAUGUGGUAAACGGAUUGGCUGUUAUGUUUUGUGACGAGAUAACACUGUCACAUGAUCAAUACUUUUUUUUUUUUUUUUUUGUCAGUGUGGUAUUCAGAAUCCUGUUUCUUCUGAAUUUUCACACUUUCACACACUCUGUAUGCUCAUUACCCAGAAAGGAUUUGAUCAUAAACUUCUACAAAAGUUACAAAAAUGAGACAAUAAUACUGACAUGUUUGUUUCUGAAUCAACUAUACUGUGAAAUCUACAUCUUGACUAAUAAUCAAGAAUAAUCACCAUUUGUAAUCAUAUUAUACAUAUUUCAUACUUAUACAUAUUUCUACCAUAAGGCCUCUCCGUAACCAUGUGUGAAGGUUUGACAUUUGAGUACCAACCUGACCAUUUCCUUCCCUAAAGCAUGGUUGUGGUGUACAUGGUGAAAAGAAGGAGUGAGUGUACAGUUGUGAUGUGAUGUGAUGUGAGACUGAUGCGUAGUGUUACUGCAGGGUCUACUGGCUGAUGUUUAUGUCUCGUCCUGUCAAAGCUAAACUGUUCAGUUUCAGUUUCUUUUUUUGCAGUGCAGUGUCUUUAUGGAUGUGGCGCUGUUUACCUCUGUCGCUCUUUUGUGUUGUGUGUUUUUUUUGACAAUAUUAAUAAACAGAUAUUUAUUUCCGAACAUGA